CAAGCAAAAGCAUGCCUUAACUAUUCUAAUUUAUUAUAAGCCCCAAUAUAAUAAUAGUUCUAAAUAUGAAGUUUAACUUAGUUUUUUCCAACAUAACUCUUAUAUUUAGUUGAUUUGGUAUUUUUAAAAGAGGAUAAACACACGAAUAUACACCCACACACACACGGAUAUCGACAGUAUUUUAAUAAGCAUAUGUUUGUCUCGUUCUUAUUAAAAUCAGCUGCUGUUUGCAAGAAAAGUGGAUUAAGUGUAGACAAACUAAAAUAUUAAUAAAAAAAAAAACAAAACAAAUUACUGUUAAACAUAACAAAUGACAAAUGAGUGCGAUAAUACGAGACCAUAUUGGUCCGACGAGGUGAUUAUUUUUGUUAUUACAACGAUUCGCAAUACACCUUACAUGUGGGACAAGACGCAUAAAGAUUAUAGUAUACGGUACCUGAAGCACAACUUCUGGAAAAACUUGAGAUGGACUCUGGAGAAAAGAUACAAAUUUCGAGCCUAUACAAAUGAGCUGGCUAGAAAAUGGCUAAAUCUGGCAUCUUACUACCGUCUGCAGCAAAAGGCAAUUUUCGAUGCAAAUGCUCGAGGAGCACAGCCGGAGGAAAUAAAGCGUCUGGAAGGCUGGAAAUUCUUCCAGCAGCUCAAAUUUCUACCUUUCGUGGUAUACGAUAAGAACAGUGUGGAUGCGGAAAAUCUUUAUGAUAGCGCCAACACAAACGACUCGGAUAAUGUUAGUUCUGGUGUGGUUGAAGAAAGGCAAACGACUAUCGAUCAGAAUGCCGAUUCCGAAAGUCCCACGCAAUCGACCGCCGAACGCAUUCCACAAUUCCAAGAUUCCAUGGAAAAUACAAAACAACUUGGAAUUGAAGAGUUGAAUGUGCCAAUGGAGGAUAAUGAUGCCGAAGUCGAAGAGACAACACCUAUAGCUAUAGAGCCUGUAAUAGAUGAUGUACAAAGUACGCCGAGCUUUCAUUAUGGCAUGGCGAUUGCCCAGGAUGUUUUCGAACUUGACGAAAACUUAAAGAUCGAUGCAAAAAUGGAAAUUAUGCAAGUAAUUGUUAAAUACCAGAAGAAGCAACUACACCGGACAGUAAUGAAUCUUGCCGGUAGCUAAGCUAAAUAUAUAUAAGUAUUUAUAGUAACAAUGUACAAUUGAUUUGUAUUUUAAAUCUAGGCUUAAAUAUAAACACUCCACCACAGGGUGACUUGUGUUUUGGUA